AUGGUCCAGUCGCCGAGCCAUGGCUUCCCUCUGUCGAAUCGACCGACCCUCACGUCGUCCGCGUCAUCCACGUCGCUUGGGACGCUGAGCUCGCUGUCGACGUCGAGUAGUUUGCCGUCGAUUCGAACGAUCCGCACGCCUCCUUCGACAGCGUCGUCGGUCGCUGCGUCAACCAUCGCGUAUCAAUCGCCCACGGCGCUUACGCUCGGAUCACUCAAAGCCCGCAAAAAAAUGAUUCAAAACACGGUGCAGAAACCAUCGUCAUCGCGACGGCGCCAACAUCGAGCAGUCCCCGCAUCAACCACGAAUCUGCCGCUCGAGUGUUUGGAAGACGAUCGCCAAGUCGAUGGCAUCGUGUACCAAAGCCGAGUUAAAGUGCCUCAGGCUUGGAACUUCACCAAUGCAAAGGAGCGGUGGCAGGCUGCAGUUGCACGGACCACAGACGAGCAGCACCCCCACCGCCACCGCCAAAGCUUGACUGGGGAAUUCAUGCAAUUUACCCACCCCCGGCCGUCCGACUACAUGCCCCAGAACGCCGAAGCUCGGAGCCGAUGCGCCGAAUCGCUGUACAAACUGUCAAAGCAAGUGGGGUCGGAAGCGAUGAUCAUAGACAGCGGCGCCAUUCAGAACAUUGCCGACUUUUGCGAUACCGAAGACAGCCGGUUGCAAGCGUACUGUGCAGCUACGCUGGCCAACUUGACGGCGACGACGGCGCUUCCGGUGCUCGUGGCGUUCGCGGCGCACGAUGGCAUCCCAGUCGUUCUGGAGGUCUCAUGGUCGUUGUCUUUUCAUGUCAAAGUACUCUGCACGACGACACUGUGUCGGCUGUCGUGCUACCCAGAGUUUACCAAAACGCUAUUUGCGUCCAAAGCUGUGAUCGAGCUGUCCAAUAUGUUGUCGCUGCCGCAUCCACCGCUGCAAAAGCUGUGCAUCCAAACGCUUGUCAACAUGAUCUGCCACGGGUGCGAGUUUCACGAAAAGCUCUUUUGCGGCGGCGGCAACGUCGGCCACAACAAACUUGGACUCGUCCUGGCGAUCGCUCAACUCGUGGAAGAGCCCACCAACGGUCGAUUUGCAGCCGAAGUCAUUUUCAACUUGAGCUUGUUUCCAACGAGCGCGGCCGGCGCCAUUCGAGGCGGCAUCGGCGAAGUCCUCUACCACUUAAUCCAGGCCCCACACACAACGCUAACGUACGUUGGCCUGCGGUUCCUUCAGACUGGUCAGUGCUGUUGUUGUGUCCACAGGCUGACCAAGCUACGGUUUGCCCCAUCCACGACCUACAACGACUCGCUGGACGACUCCGAAGCGAUCGCACAGCUGAUUGCGACCGCCAGCGGACACUUCUCCAAGUACUUGGACUUGCAACUGAUCAUGGGAUCGUGGAGCUUGAAGAUCGUCCAGCACUUUCUGUUCUUGUACGAAAGCAGCUUGCCGUCACAGCGCCUGGCGUUUGUACUCGGGCACUGCGCCCGCAUCCUCGCCAAUUUGUCCGCGAACGACGAGUACAUUCACACCAUCUUCAACGGAAACAAGCAGCUCGUUGAACGGACCGUGCGGCUCCACGCGUGGGUGACGACGACGGCUUCCAAUGCGCCGCCUGGUGUCAACCCCGGUGUCGAGGAAUGCCAGCAGAAUGUGCUGCGAACGCUUGCCAAUCUCACACGAUGUCCGCUCUGCUGUCCCCUGCUCGUGCAAUCGGGCGUGUUUGACGUCCUCAACGAGGUUCUCCUCAUGGAGUCUACCUCGAAACAUGUUGCCAGCAUGAAAAACGACGCGUUGGUGGCACUGGUCAACUUGGUCUGCCACGAUGCGAUUGCCCCGGCAUCAGGGCUCGACUCGCACUUGGCCGACUGCCUUUCAGCAUCCUUUCGGCUGAAUACACACGACGACUCUGACAAAAUCGGCGCGGCCGGACACGUCAAGUACAUGUUAAGCUUGACCAUUUGCUACCUUGCGCUGAAUCCAACCCUCCGCCGCGUUGUGACGGCCGACCCGGCAGUCCUCAUCGAUGCAUUGUUGUAUGGCUUCCAUUACGCCCCGCCCCCAGUUGUGGAUGCGGCGCCAACAAGUUUCGGCAACGGCAUGCUCAAGCUGCAGCAGCAGCUCCGAGAGCAGCCCUUGGACACGUUCGACGACGUGGAGGGAGAUCCGACCGACACUCGGUUUCGAUUUCUGGCGGCUAUGUGCCACACCGCGGGCGAGUUCAAGAGCAUCGCGCACGUGCAGUCCCUUGUGGACGUCGUCGUCGCGUGCGUCAACCACACAAACGUCCCUGCGACGAAAAUCCCCCUCGACCAAGCCUUUGGGGCUGGCGCAGUCGAAUACUUUUGCGCUGGCAUCCUCUUUACGCUAUCGCGCACGAUCUGGACAGUCUUGCAGCACCCGCACACUGCCGACGCCGACUGGAGCGACAUACUGUUUGCUCCACGAGUCCAAGAUGUUAUGUAUCAAUUGAGCCGAUUCGCGACUUCGUCGAUCCCACCUGUCGACUCCCGCGGCAUGAACUUGCGCUCAGCCAUUCAAGCCUACUGCACGGGGACCCUGUACCACAUGUGCGCGACCGGCCACACAACUGCCACGGCUCUGCUAGCCCUCGUGGAAGCAUGCAAUGGAAGCGAAGACCCGCCAACGCUGCUCGCGUGUGCAUCGACGUUUGCGAUCGUGUCGUUCACCUCCGAUGGUCGCCAGCUUUUACUAACCACUCCAAGGCUCGCUCAUGCGCUGAACAAGCUCGGGCGGUCGUCCAUGUGCCAGCAAUACGCAGCCGUCGCGGCAUGUAAUGUCGCCAUCACAGGGUGCAUGUGGAACGAAGAAGAGCUCAAGGAUUUCGUGGUGGUCGCGUUGCUCCGGUCCAACUCGUUCGACGCGAUCCAAAUUCACGCCAAAACUCUGUACAACUUGCUGUCGCAUCCAGCGUCCCGAGCCCAAGUGAUCGACGACGGCGUGCUGUACGCAUUCUUGAAACUCGCCCAGCUGCAGACGAACGGCUUGAGCGGGGGCCCGGAAGAAACGUUGUCGCUGUGUCUCCAUGCCUUGUUCAACCUGAGCGACUCUGUCGGGUACCACGACACGAUUCUCAAGCUGGGUGUGACGGCGUUCCUGCUUGGUGGCGUGAGCGGCCGUCGAAAGCGCGUCUUGAAUUUCCUCACGCUUGACAGUCGACGGCACGCUGUCGGGUUGCUCUGCAACUUGAGUGCCCGCGAAGCCAACCACAAGGAACUUAUUCACAACGCCCAGGUCACGGACAUCCUUCGAUGCCUCUGUGAUGGCGAUACCGAAACACGGGCGAGCGCCGCCAUGACAUUGCGGAAUCUGACGCUGCGAGUCGGAAAUGCCGAAGUGGUCUGCACGCGGCACGCGCUCAACUUGCUCUUGACGUUCCUGACGUCGUCCAACGACUCGGUGCGACGCCUGGCGGCCCAAGCGGUCGGCAACUGCUCGCUCGUGACGGAGCUCCUGCAUUUGUUUGUCGAGAUGCAAGUUGGCGACGCUUUGCUCCAGGUGCUGGAAACCCGUGACCAGGAGAUGGUCAACAACCUGAGCGUGGACACUGCCCGGGCAAUCAUGAAGACACUCCAUAACUUGGCGCUCGAUGAUAGUUGUGCUGCUGACCUCCUGCAUGUCGAGAUGAUACGCCGAUGGCAGGACACCCUGCCCCCGCUUCUUCACGAUCCCGAAGUAUGCAGCCUUGCCGCCACAACCAUCCACAUCAUGAGCCGGAAGAAGCUUGCCGCGCCGCUCCUCGCAAGUCAAAACAUCGUGGCGAUCUGUCGGCUACUAAAUACAACCCCCACAAGCGUCACGGUUCUUGCCGAAUGCAUGAGCUGCCUCGUCCAUUUGUCGACGCAUGUGACCACGCACGCGGUGCUGUUCGACACUGGCGUCGUCAGUACCUUGGGGCACCUCCUGGACCAAGUGAAAGAGCUCGCUCCACCGCUUCCAUCCACUUCGACCGCCAUUCUGUUCACCCAUGCCGCCAUGGCGAUCCGAAAUCUGUCUCUCAGUGCGGCCGAACGUCCAACUUCCCAUCAGGACCAGCGGAUACCCCGGACUUCGGAAACCCCCGGCAAGACCGCGACGGAGAACUCGGCGGCAUGCGACCAAUUGAUGCGAGGCGUGCCGUGGCUCGUUAAGAUGGUGCGUGGCGUUGACACAGCGCAGCCCUGCUACCCCAAGCUCUGCGUCGAAGUGUGUGUGGCCAUGGCGAAUCUGUGCAAAAUCAAGCGGCUCCGGGCUACAUUUGUCUCGGCAGGCAUCGUUCACAUGUUGCUGGACAUCCACCGGACAUUUAAAUCGAACCCCGCCUGUGCCUUUCUCGAGCAGUCGAGCACGGUCACGCUGCAUCAGCUGGCCGCCGAGGACACAGCCAAGCUCGAGCCAGGGCUGAUUGAAGCUCUCCUGAGUGUGCUCAAUCAUACCGACGUCGUCGUGCAUCAAGUGCAGCACGAGGAAGGCCGAGUGUCGAGGUUUGAGGACGUCACCAUGCGAAUUCACCACGACGCAAUGGACCAGCCAUUGCCAACGUCAGAAUCGUUAUGUCGGCAAACGUACCGCGACGCACGGUGGUUCCAUUACAUCGUCGAGGCGCCGAGCCAGCUCGAUCCGUCGUUUGAUGGAGCCCCGAUGCCACUGAACAAACACCGACUGCGGGGACCGCUUCCUGCCGUCCAAGACGCCACCCCAUCCAUGUCUUCCCUUCGAAGCCCUCAUAUUAUUCCAUCUACGAGCUCUGCGCUGCCCCAUACCCUCGGCCGCGUUCUUGCGAUCGAUACAAACAAAGCCCAUCUCGAAGACGACUUGGCGCUGGACGAACUGGCGGCGAGAGCAUCGUCGGCCGGGGCGACAACCAACCAACUGCGCUUCACUCCAGUCAAAAAAUUCGACCACCACAUGAAAAUGACCCGCAAACAGAGUCGACGGGGAUACGUUGGCACGUCGACGUCGGCGCUGCCACAAAUCAAGAGCGAGUUGCAAGUGGAAAAGUGA